AUCGAGAAACGAAAAAUUAUCCCACUUUAAAGGAGAAUAGGAGGUAAACGCUCGAAUGGUUAUUAAGUUAUAAUUAACUCUUAUUUGAUUAUUCCAUGAUAAAAUUAAUAUGGAAAUAAAUUUCAAGAGUUCUCUUUGACUGGGUGUUAAAUCUUUCUUGUUUGUGUAAUUUUCAGAAAACAGCAACUUUCUGCCCAACAAAGGGAUUACACAACACGAUUUAAUGUGGAAAAUUUUAUAAAUCUCUUCCCCGAACCAGAAAAAAUCUUUGAAGAUCCCGACAGGAGCAUUAAGUUGGACUCGCGCUCAAUGAAUUAUGCUAGCGCAUUUUUUAGAAAUAGGUACAAUAAUAUGUCGGUAAAGACGAUUCAAAAGGUACUGACCGAGAAUAACUUUAAGUCUUUAAUCUGUGACAAAGUCUUGAGCAGUUACGUUGAGCAGAAUGCCACUAUGAAAACUAAAAGAAAGCCUGUUCGGUUACCUACAAAUUGUGAUAACAUCCCGUUGUUGCAAGAGCUUGCCUACAUUACUCACCGAGAUGAGAUCGUGGAGCACCUCCGGCAAAAACAGGCGAGGGAUAAAGAGGAGCGGAGGAAAACAAUAGCAGACAACAACAUGCAAACCUGCUCUUGCUGCUGCGACGAUGAAGUCAUGCCGAAAGACAUCUUCCGCUGUCCAAAUGGUUGUGGGUUUUGCCGAGAAUGUAUUAUAAGAAGCUGUGAAGUCACCUUUGGAGAAGGCAAAACAGACUUUCUAUGCUUGGCUGCUUGUCCAACCGAGUUUUCGGUGCAGACAUUGCAGAGUGUUCUGCCACCGAAAAUGUUUUCGAAGUGGGCCCAGAAGAAGGCGGUGGCAGAGAUCAAGGCCGCUGGUAUAGAAGAACUAGAAUCGUGCCCCUUCUGUGACUUUGCUUACAUCCCCAACGAAUCGGACAAAAUUUUCCGAUGCCUUAAUCCGGACUGCAUGAAGGAGUCCUGUCGGAAGUGCAAGGAACCCAACCACCUUCCCCUUAAGUGCGAAGAGGUGGAGAAAGAUGAAAAUGUUAAGGCGAGGACUUACAUAGAAAACAAAAUGACGGAAGCUUUGUUAAGAAAAUGCUGGCACUGUGGAAUCAACUUCAUCAAAGAUGAGGGAUGUAACAAGAUGACGUGCCCAUGUGGGGCCAGCAUGUGCUAUCUCUGCCGAGAGCCCGUGACGGAUUACUCCCAUUUCAAAUGGAUGAGCAACGACAAGUACGAACUGUGCCCGUUGUUCAGCGAGGACAAGAAGACAAACAGUCGAAUAUUGAAGAGGCUGCAGUAGCCGCCAAGGCCGAAAUAGAUGUGUCGAAACUAAAAAUGGACCCGACUGUGCGCAUGAUGAUCACAGGGACAGGGCCAAGAAGGUGCCCGAGGAAUAACAAAUUAGAGAA